AUGCUGACAGACUAUAUGUUCAAUGUGGAAACAUACACCUGGGUACCGUGGAAAAGUUUGGUUCCCUGCUACGUGCAUGACACAAGUGUCCCGUUUACUCGGAUACUAGUACCAACCGUAGAAACGGUGAAGCUGAACUGGAUUAUGAAGGAACAUUUGAAGCUUCGAGCCCCUCUACUAGUUGUGGGCGAGACCGGUACAUCGAAAACGGCCACAAUUGAGAGCACGAUGCAUUCUUUGGAUCAAGACACAACAAGUCUUCUAUUCUUGAACUUCUCUUCUCGUACAACCGCCAAAGAUGCUCGGUGCAUGAUAAAUGCCAAUGUGGAAAAGCGUGCCAAAGGAGUUUACGGCCCAAUCCCGGGGAAAACACUGAUCGUUUUCAUUGAUGACAUGAAUAUGCCCAAGGAGGAUGAUUACGGCACUCAACAACCGAUCGCACUUCUACGUGUGAUCAUCGGUCGUGGUGGUAUGUACCAGCAAGGUAGUGAUCUUUCUUGGCGCAGUCUAAAAGAUAUGACUUAUCUGGCAGCAAUCGGACCAGCUGGUGGUGGACGACAAAAUCUGGAUCCCCGAUUCGUGUCCCUGUUCACUGUCUAUCACGCUUUGCCACCAUCGGAUGAUAGUGCAUUCACAAUUUUUGGCAGUGUACUACUCGGACAUCUAUCCAAUGGAUUUACACGAAAAUUGCUAUCAUGUGUGGAUCAGUUCACCCAGCUUAGUCUGCGCGUGUACAAACAAAUUCGAGAGGAACUGUUGCCUACACCACUCAAAUUCCAUUAUACUUUCAAUCUUCGGGAAUUGUCUCGUUUGCUCCAAGGCCUGUUGCAAUCCUCAUCAGAACGUUUCAAAGGUCCGAAGAAAUUCUUGCGUCUCUGGCGGCACGAAUGUUUGCGUGUAUUCCGUGAUCGGGUAAUCGAUGAGGCUGAUGUGAGCGCAGUGAAUGUAAGUUACACCAUCUAG